CAGACAAGAAGUAGGAAUCAUAUACAAGGGUAUCGGUACGUCCCACAGCACACUCACGACACAGCCGCAACCGGGCGUUCCCGCUGCAUCAGCUCACCGCUAGUCCGACAACUCGAUGAUGUCCCCGGAUCCUGACUUGGAAGCGGCCUAUUCACGCGCCUCCUGACAUGACGCGUCGGAGCGGGUAUGUUCUCCUUAUCGUCGGUGUCAGAGUCUUCUAUGGUGAUAACUUCCGACGCGAUCACCUCAGCCCCCGCACUCCUCUGAGUCUCCGGCCGGCUGCUCCCCGCUCUCCCUCCGAGUCGCGUAGAGCCCGAUCCCCGGAUCGUCGUACUUCCACCCUCAGAGCCAGACCGAGGGUUAGAGGGCGGCCCUGGGAAGGGCCCACUGGACGCAACGGCCGUCCUCGACGUAGAUGCUGUCGCCACCACCGUCCUCCCGCUCGAUGCCGUCUGAGGCAGCGCCGAGUCAGCGCGAUUCUUCGCGCCCUGCGUCUGCGACUGCAUCGCGAGCUCUUCCCUCUCCACACGAUCCGCCAGCUCCAGGAUCGCCUCGUCGUUGAAGUAGUCCUCGUCGCCCAUGUCGAAGUCCGAGCUCGAGCCGUUCGCCGCGGGCACCGCAGGCUCGCGCGCCCCCGCCACUUGCCAGUCCAUGUUCUCGUCCUCGUCCUCAUCGCUGUCCGGGACGAAAAUGGGCGGCCGCCCGUUCGGCGAGAGGAUCCGUUCGCGCGCGAGGGCCGCGGAGGGGUUGGACGCGCCCGGGCCCGCGUUGGCGAAGUAGUGCGAGCGGGUGUUAGGCGGCGCGGGAGCUCGGGCGACCCGUGCGGGUGGCUCUGGCGAAGGGGUACGGUUCGCUCGACUGGGGACUUUACGUCGCCGCGGUUGGCCGGCGUCGUCAUCGUGGUAUGAGCCAGAUGGCCCUGCCACCGGAGAGGCGGGUGGCUCAGAGACAUCGCGUAGGGGCGAGCGAACUGGAGUUACGCGUAUGCCUGGUGCUGCCUGGCGUUCUGGCGUACGUGGAGGGGCGUGUGCGGGUGCCUGCGGGACUGCCGCCGCGACUUGGGCUUGUGGCUCUGGCUCGUCGGGGGCUGGCUCGUGAGGCAAGCUGUAUGCGUGUCGUGAGUUUGCUCAGCUAUCGCGUGAAAAGAUGCGUUGUAGACGUACCGCAUUCGCUCUCGGAGAGCACGAGCGAAGUUCCG